UUCUUGCGCUUUCAGAGGCACGCAUAUUACUGAAGCUUGGACUAAAGAGUGCAUUAUACUCGAAGAAUCGAAGGAAUAUUACAGAAUUUACAAUAAAUUUAACAGAUUUGAUCAUAUUUGUUGUAGCUUUCUGCUUUGGCAGUAAUCAUUGGCUGUGUGGUGGCAGUUAUGUAUUCGUGCGUAAUUGUAGUGGCAUGAUGCCUGUUCAGAUUCACUGAAUCAUAUUAGCCUACGAUCGCUCCUCUCGGCUCAUCUUGAUGGACAAGGGGAGGCCUUGCUGCUCUCAAGUUUGCAUUCUUGCUUGUGAAAUGUAUUCACUUUGUUAAAUUAUUUGUUCGUUUUUGUUUUUAUUGAUACUAUUUUGUAUAGCCUAUGGUUGUCCUGUGCAUGCGAGAGGAAUGCAAUAAUAUUUGAGCUCACAGGAUAUGAUGAUGCUAACUCAUUGUUAAGAGAUUCGUCUGGAUGAGCUGCAUACUCUGGAUUGUCGAAGGAGUGGAUUAGAGCAGGUCAUUUUCCAAAUCAACAAAGCAACCAAGGAGCCACAUCGCUUUGAUUUGGGACAAACAGGGAAGACGUUCAACCUGGGAAUUGCUGGAAUUAUCCAAACAUGGUUCACUGUGCCGGCUGCGAAAGACCUAUUCUGGACAGGUUUCUACUCAAUGUUCUGGACAGACCAUGGCACAUCAAGUGCGUGCAGUGCUGUGACUGUAAAUGCAAUUUGACAGAAAAAUGUUUUUCACGGGAAGGGAGACUGUACUGCAAAAACGACUUUUUUAGGAGAUUCGGCACAAAGUGUGGAGGUUGCGCCCAGGGGAUCUCGCCCAACGAUUUGGUUCGAAGGGCAAAGAGCAAAGUGUUUCACCUGAACUGUUUCACGUGUAUGAUGUGUAACAAACAGCUAUCCACCGGAGAGGAAAUGUACAUUCUAGAUGAAUUUAAAUUUGUUUGUAAAGAGGAUUAUCUAAGCAACAGCAACGGAAAGGACACAACCCUCCUCUCAGUCACGACUUGCAGUGACCCAAGUCUAUCUCCAGAUUCCCAAGACCCACAGGAUGAUAGUAAAGAUUCGGAAAUCGGACAUUUAUCCGAUAAAGAGGUGGGCAGCAAUGAAAACGACGAGCAGAACGUAGGGGGGAAACGACGUGGGCCGCGAACCACCAUCAAAGCCAAGCAACUGGAGGUCCUCAAAGCUGCUUUCGCGGCCACGCCAAAACCCACCCGGCACAUCCGAGAACAGCUGGCGCAGGAGACAGGGCUCAACAUGAGAGUAAUCCAGGUAUGGUUCCAAAACCGGCGGUCUAAAGAGCGGCGCAUGAAGCAGUUAAGCGUGCUGGGUGCAAGAAGGCACGCGUUCUUCCGCGGUCCAAGGAGAAUGAGAACUCUGGUCGACCGACUCGAACCCGGGGAGCUGAUCCCCAACGGUCAUUUCUCAUACUAUGGUGAUUAUCAGAGUGAAUACUAUGGGCCUGGAGGAAAUUUUGAGUACUACACCCAAGGCCCCCCAUCGUCACAGGCCCAGACCCCAGGGGACCUAGGCUUCUCCUCUGGCCCUGCUGGCACCCCUUUAGGGGGCAUGGACCAUCACCUAGCUGGGCAUCACCCAUCCAGUGAGGUGCAGUGCUUCAAUGACAUCAUAUCUCACCAUCCAGCGGACUCACCUAGCCCAGAGCCCAACGGACCUGGGUCAAUGCACAGCAUCUCCAGUGAGAUGUGUGGCCCCAGCACACCCUUCACAUCACUGUCCCUCAACGGCAGCGGAUACAGCAACCAACUGUCACACCCCUCCUCAGAGAUGAGCGAAGGCACUGUCUGGUAGCCCACAAGACAUCAUAAAGCCAAGGUUAACUAUUGACUUAGGAGGCAAAUUAAGUCCUGAGCAAGUAUCCUUGUUUAAUUUAUAUUAUUUAUUUAUUCAUUCGUUAAUUAAAUGUAUAUGCAUUUAAUUUAUUACCUGUCUCCAAGUUCCUGUACUGCUGUGUUGAUGUUGCAGUUUUAUUUAAAGAUACACACAGUAACAGUCUAGACUCCAAUGCAGUCAUAUAAUGGUGAAUAUUGUAUGAGCGUUCAGGAGAUCUUUUGUUUUCAUACGGUCUCCAUAUCAGAUCAAAAUUAUUUUUGACCAAAAGCUUUUAGGAAGGCUUUGGUAAUUGUGCUUAUUUCUCCAUACAUUUUUUUGUUUCUCUGUAUAUUUCUGUGUUUUGCCAAAUCCUAGACAGUUUGCCUUCAAAAGGAAAACUUAAAAAAGUUGUAUAACCCUUUAUUUAAUAGAAAAUAACUUGUAUUUUAAGAUGAAGUCAACCUUCAAAAAAAAUCGAUGGACAAUGGUUUGAGGUGGACAUAGAACAGUCAACUGUUUACGUAUAUAUUUACAGUACUUCAGGGGUUUGAAUAUCAGCAUUGUUUGAAACCUCUCGAUUCAGAUGGAGAACAUCUUUCAAGCAACAAACCAAACUUUUGUAUUUAUUCUAUUUAUAUUAUGGUCGUGGUUCCUCACUGUGCUAGUUUGUAUUAUUGUGUUUACUUUGAAGAAAUGUAAAAACACAAAUAGACAGUUGCCAAAUAAGGAUAAAAGCACAAUAUUGUAAGUGCUUUGUAUCAUCAAUUGCUGAACAUACUACAAGAAAUGUAGUAGCAUUUUUUAACCGAAUGAGUUACAUUGUAGAACUUUCUUUCAUGAGGAUGUCUAACGUUGAAAGACUUCAUGCAGAUCACUGAAUUGAACAACCAUUGUGCAAAAUGCUUUAUUUUGUGUCAUGAAAGUCCCAAUGAUUAAACAUUGAUGGUCAAAUAUGCCACCAGCAGCUGCUAUAUUCUUGAAAUAUCAACUCUCGUAUGAUGUAUUUUAUUGUUCUGAUAAACCUAAGCUUAUGUGAUCUACAGUGCAUAUAAGACCAUUCACUGUAUAAUAAAACAUGUUGAAAAAAACUGA